AUGGAGUGUGCACUUCCUUUUCUGAAAGGCCGCAUCGAGCUGUGGCUGAGCCUCACCUCCGAUGCUUUGGGUGUGGAGCCCCAGGUCCUCCUCCUGAGUGCCCUGGGGUUGCUCUCCCUGUCCCUGCUCCUCCUGGUGACACGGCGGUCCUUCAGCUACGCGGGAGGCGAAAGAAGCCCCAAAGGUCGGCAGUUGUACCAGAGACGGGCCAAGGAGGAAAGGAGCCUGAUUUCUUUCGUGACAAGCCCCUGGGCCAAGGAUCGCGAUCCCAUGAGCUUUCGUCAACUCUUAUGUCCAGACCCGCUCUGUAACAUGUGCAAUGACACUCCUGCUGAGAUCCUGAAGGUGCUAUUCCGGCCGUCCUGGAGGAUGCCGCUCCUCCGUGUCAUCCCGCCUUGUCCACCCCCUCCAUCCUCCGCUCCCCUCCCUGGCUACUCCACCCGCACCCUGGGUGACGCUCCUCCUGUGCCUGCCUUGCAUUCCAAAUUCCCCGUACACAGUUCCCCACCCCAGCCACGUGCCAGUCCCCUUCUGCCACCACACCACACUGGGAGAGGAUUCUCUUCUACAAACAGAGACCACGUUGUCUAUAAAGACCAUCUUUGCAUUUGCCACCCUGUAGAACCUGGUAACUGCUCUUUUUUCAACCCUGAUGUUCUGUCCUCCUUGGAGAGACAAGUUGAAAAGAGGAGGGAUUUCCUGAUGUGGAAGGAAAAGGAAAAGAAAACGGGGUCUCUUCCAAGGAAACUUAAGUCAGACCACCAAGUGAAUUCCUCAGCAAACACAUCAGCAUCAGUUGCUGAUGAGCAUGACACGGCUGUGUCCCCUCAUUUGGGGACCAGCAGAGACAAACCAGAGGAGCUGCAGGCGCAUCAGCAGCACCUGCACCCUGAGACGAUUGAGGCAGCCUCAGUGCAGUCCAGUCCCAGCAUCCAUCCCACUGCCCGUCCCAUCACCUGCACCUCUGCCAGGCAGGCUCUCCCCAAGCUUACCCUGGUCGGCCAGUCCUCCAAGGCUGAUGUUCCCGUCUCUGUCCUUCCUGGAGACUUUCCUCUCAGCAGUGAGCUGCGGAAGACACUAGAGCACCACCUUCGAAAGAGGCUCAUCCAACACCGGUGGGGCCUGCCCCGCAGGGUCCGUGAGUCUCUGUCACUGCUGAAUCCUCCCAGCGAUGCUCCUGAGACGCCCAAGGCAAAGUGCACACUAUGGACUCUCGUGGAUCUCCUCCUUUAAAGGGCAAGAGCAGUGAGGGUCCAGAAAGUUUUAAACUAAGUCAAUCAGGAAGUUUCCGUGACAGAUGCUCAGAAAUGCUCCCACUACGGAAGUCCAUGAGGAAGGGUCA